AUGGUGUCCAACAUAGCGGAUGGUUAUGAUCUAGCGACUUCUGCUCUCCGGGCGAUAUUCUGUGCCUCUCUGUGCAAUUUGCCCCCUCACAAUGGCUUCCUCGAUCAUUAUUACCAUGGUGCACAAUCUGGAGAGAUUGUUUUUCGGCCACAAGUAUUUUUCAGAACGAAUGUCGACGUUGGAGUGCUCGUUGUCGUUCCACGUGGUGGCUUUCGAAAACUUGGGAGGCUCCAGCGUUCAAAGUUUCUCUCGAGGCGUAUUAAAUACUACUCAAAUGCUUCUUGUGCUUUUAAUCCAGCUGUUUAUAUGAUUCUAUGCAGCGGCGAUGUAGAAACUAAUCCUGGUUACGUGCCUGAAUGUUCGACUCGACCUCAAAGACAGGGUCACACUUCGAAGUUGAAGGUAUUCUACACAAAUGCAAGGAGCAUUGUCAACAAAGUUGCCAAACUACAAUUGAAACUGGCUAAUAGUCAAGGGGAUAUCGUUGUCCUAACUGAAACACAUUUAGACUGUUCAAUUUCAAGUGAGGAGGUCAUCGGCAGCGAUUAUACUGUCUACCGGAAAGACCGCGCCGGCAACCGAACUAGACAUGGUGGUGGUGUUUUGAUCGCGGCGAAAAAAGGCUUGAUCACCUCGAUACGAGAACAUCAUGAUCUGCCUUCCGAGUUACUCUUUGUUUAUAUAAUUACGGACGGCGAGAAGAAAUUAACGAUUCGAACAUUUUAUAGGCCACCUAAUAGUGACUUGAAGCCUUUGGAAGACCUUCGGUCAUGUCUUUCUUCGAUUACAACCACAGAUCUUCUCGUCACUGGCGAUUUUAACUUAAGUGAAUUUGAUUGGUCUACGAGCCAUCCUACAAAAUCAUCUGAGCAUCAUUACCUUCUGUCUGAUAUAAUUCAUGACAAUUUCUUGUACCAAAUGGUUGAUGAGUCUACUCGCGAGAAUAACAUAUUAGACCUAGUACUGACGACAAACAGCGACCUGAUAAAUAACUUGGAAGUCGGUGAACCAUUCUCUGACCAUAAUUCAAUAACAUUCAUCGUAAACACUCGCCCCUACCAACAACGGAUCUCAACGAAAGAAAAUUACGCAUUUAACAAGGCAGACUGGAACCAUCUGAACAGAACCAUCUCUGUUCAGUUAUUCACCCUGGUACUUUACUUUAGAACAACAGGACAUUAA